GUCACGCAGCUUUGCUCAGAUUUCAGAUGAGGCAUGGACGAUGUGUUUUUUUUUUCUGUCGCAGACCGUAUCUAAUGAAGAGAAAUCGCGCUUGGCAUCGAUGCUUUUUGCAUGUUUAGGGGAUUCAUUGUAGAUAAAUAACCUUCUGAGUGCGUAUUUGUCUGGAUAAGCAUUGAUUGCACCAACAGAGCAUCUGCACCUCGUCGAGAGCGACACAAAACAAGAAUCUCCUGCGGAUCGUUUCAUCAUUUUACACCUUUUUCAUGCAAACCAUACGAAGAUAAUCAUAUUUUUGUUGAUACAUUUGGACUCAGAUCGAUUUGACAUCCAUAUAUUGCGAUGCGUAUCCUCCAACGCAAUGAUGCUGCGGUGCAGGAGCAGUGAAGCAGCCUGAGAAAAGAUGCUGGACAAUGUGCUGUCUGGGUGUUACAGGACCGUAUCAGUAAUCUAAUGUUGCUAAUAAAGGGAUUCAUAGAGAAUUAACCGUAUUUUUUGGAUAAUCUGCAUUAACUGCACACUCGUCGAAAGCGACAGAAAAACAGACCCCCCUGUGGAUGGUUUCAUUUUUUUUUUGUACACCUUUGACGUGCAAAGUAUACAACAAAUCUGCAUUAAUUGCACACUGCACCUCGUCGAAAGCGGCAGACAAACAGACCCCCCCUGUGGAUGGUUUCAUGUUUUUUUUUUACACCUUUUUUCCGUGCAAAAUAUACAAAAAUUUGGACACAGAUUGGUUUGAUAUCGACACACUGCGAUGCAUAUCAUCCAGCAGCAUGAUGCAUGUGAAAUAGCCUGAGAGAAGGUGCUUCUGGACACCGUGCUGUCCCGGUCCCCGGUCCUGAAUGCACGGGAGACAGACACCGACCCGGGUGUCACCGUCAGCCCCGGAUGCUGCGCCGAAGAAUGGGAUACGCCGACCCCUCGUCGGGUAAAGACAUCCUCGGCAAUAGGUCUCUUUGUUUUAUAUUCAUUUGCGCAUUUGGACUUGUCACGCUAUUGCAACAGAUUCUCUAUGGAAAAAACUACAUCAAGAGUGCGCAACAGUUUAACCGACUCAAAGGGGACGAGACAGGAAAUUGGACCGGUCCCGUUAAUUUCUCGGAUGACGGAUCUCUGAAGCCGGCCAGAAAUGGGAGGAAAAGGUAUCUGGAAAACUACGAUGGCUCAUAUGAGUACAACUCCACUGCAUGCAGGGAGCUCAGACAGGAGAUCAUGGACGUCAAAGUCCUGUCAAUGGUCAAAACCUCGGAGCUGUUUGAGAGGUGGAGGAACCUGCAGGUGUGUAGGUGGGCGCAGAGCAAGGAGGAGACCAGCAACUUCAAGAUGUCUCUGUCUCGCUGCUGUAACGCUCCCUCCUUCCUCUUCACCACCAAGAGGAACACUCCUGCAGGAACCAAGCUGCGGUACGAGGUGGACACCAGCGGGAUCCUGCCCAUCACCGCAGAGGUCUUCAAGAUGUUCCCCGAUGAUAUGCCAUAUUCCAAAUCACAGUACAAGAAAUGUGCUGUUAUUGGAAAUGGCGGAAUCAUCAAGAACAGCAAAUGUGGAAAGGAAAUCGACUCGGCAGAUUUUAUUUUUAGGUGCAACAUCCCACCCAUCAAUGAGAAGUACUCAGCUGACGUUGGCUCUAGAACAGAUCUGGUGACAAUAAACCCGAGCAUUAUAUCUGAGAGGUUUCAGAAGCUGGAGAAAUGGCGGCGACCGUUCUACGAAGUCCUCCAGAACUACGAGAACUCCUCGGUGGUUCUUCCCGCUUUCUACAACACCCGAAACACCGACGUGUCAUUCAGAGUCAAGUACAUGCUGGACGACUUCGACUCCCAGAGGGGCGUUUUCUUCUUCCACCCGCAGUACCUUCUGAACGUUCAGCGUUUCUGGGCGGUUCAAGGCGUCCGAGCUAAACGUGUUAGCAGCGGUUUGAUGCUAGUCACCGCCGCCAUGGAAAUGUGCGAAGAAGUCCAUCUCUACGGUUUCUGGGCGUUUCCCAUGAACCCCGCGGGCAUCUUCAUCACUCACCAUUACUACGACAACGUCAAGCCGAGGCCUGGUUUUCACGCUAUGCCACACGAAAUAUUCAACUUUAUUCACAUGCACACUCGUGGGAUCCUCAACGUACACACAGGGCCGUGCACGUGAUCCCCCACUCUCAGUAAAUAAGACACUAUUUUCCUCCCUUUUUAAAAAGAGAGUCGGCCUUCAGAGCGUCUCACUUAUUCCACGACACAGUGAAGGUUGCUUGCUUGAAUUGUCAACAUACUUCUCUUUUCGAUGUGUAUUAAGUUGGGUAACACUUUAGAUUAAGGUACACUUAUUCACCAUCAACUAUCAACAAACUACUAGCUUAUUUGUUAUGAACGAGACUUCACUUUAAAAUAGGGAACAUAUUCUGAGUUAGAAAAAACACAUUUUUUGUUAUUUGGACAUAAUUAACACUUCUAGUUCCAUGUCUUGUUACAUAAGAGUAGCCCAUAUUUGUUAGGUGUUAAUAUGGGAGAAUUACUAUUCUUGUGGUACUGCUACUGCAUAUUGAGCAUAUUAAGACUCUUAACUAAUGGCCUAGUACUGGGAGAAUAUGGUCAUGUAGAAUAAGGCAUUAAUAAGUGUUUUAUAAUGACUAA